AGCCAGCGAUCUAGAACUCAAGAUAGGCAUCAUCAUGGUGGAGCUGGAGAAAGAAGACGCUACCGACUUUCAUCCGGCGCCAGUUUGGCUGGAUGAACCCUACCUGGAACGCCUGCUCAGGGACCUGAAGAAGGAUCCGGGUCUGAGGAUCACUGAACUGGUGAUAAAACCCGCCACUGCCAAGGGUGAUAACUAUGCUAGUGUGAUGACGCGCGUUAAGGUUUUGUACUUAAAAAGUGGCGCCAAAAAUCCUGAAAUUGAGUACUAUAUUGUGAAGACCACGUAUGAGAACGAUGCCUUUGCCUCGGGUAUAUUCUCGCAGUACCAGGUCAGCACUACGGAAAUGCGAAUGUACGAAAAGAUCCUGCCCCAGUUUACUAACCUCAUCGCCAAAACCAGGCAGCCGGAAAAACUGUUUGCCCAGACAAUGCAUGUUGACUACGAGCAUGAGGCCAUCAUCUUUGAGGAUCUGGCGGUUGCGAAAUAUGUCUUGGCCGAUCGACUGAUCGGUUUCGACCUGGAGCACACUCGUUUGGGACUCCGGAAGCUGGCCAAGAUGCAUGCAGCCGCAGCAGUUUUUAAUGAACGCCAACCUGGAGUUCUGACCAAAUUCGAUCAUGGCAUCUUCAAUCGCCACACUCAGGGAUUUGCGCCCUUCUUUGUGAAUAUGGUGGGCGUGGCAUCUGAUUUUGCCCGCGAAUGUCCAGAAUUGGGUGAGCACUAUGCUAGGAAAUUGAAGGACCUGCAAAAGCGAGUGAUGGAGUACUCCACAAGGGUCUACGAUCCUCAGCCGGGGGAGUUUAACACCUUGGUGCACGGCGAUUACUGGGUGAACAAUGUGAUGCUGCGCUAUGGGGAGCAGAAGGAGCCCCUGGACAUGACCCUGAUCGACUUCCAGUUUUGCAGCUGGUCCUCGCCGGCGGUGGACCUCCACUACUUCUUCAACACCUCGGUUCAGACUGGCAUUCGGAUCGAGCAGCAGGACGCACUGAUUCAGUAUUAUCACUCGGUGUUGGUGGAAACGCUCAAGGAUCUCAACUUUGGAGGCUACACACCCACAUUGAGGCAGUUCAUCCUGCAGCUGGAAAGAGGCAGAUUCUUUGCCGUCACAGUCUCACUUGUCUGCCAGGCUAUUUUGAUCAAUGAUCAGACCGCCGAUGCAGAUUUCAAUGCCCUGAUGAAGGAGGACGAGCGAGGACGUAACUUCCGAAAGUUAAUGUACACCAACAAGAGAUUGCAGGACAAUCUGAAAUACAUGCUGCCACGCUUCGAUCGGAGUGGUCUUCUAGAUAUCACCGACUGAACAGAAGAAACAUUUUUCAAGUACUUCUCUCAUAUCCUGCAUCCUAACAGAAUAUAUAAUAAUUAUGCCCCAUGUAAAAUGGAAUAUAUAAAACAUCAAAUGAUUUGAGUGGUUUUGUUAUUUGUUGUGAGCAAAAGAUAACAAAAAAUAGUAGACAUCGCUUACUACGAAAAUGUUUAUACUCAUAUCACACUUUAAUGCGAGAAGCGUUCUUAUAAAAGCAAAAGAUAAACAGAGGCAAAUGUGCGUAUGAGUGAUAAUUACAGAGCUGCCAAUAAA